AUGAAAUACCUUGCCAUCCUCUCACUAAUCGUUGCUGUAGCGACUGCAGCUCCUCAGGGUUCUACCGAACCAGUUCCCAUUGUUCGCCAGGACAGCCAGAUCAACGGCGACGGCUCGUAUCAAUACUCCUUUGAAACUGGCAAUGGUAUAAGUGCUGACCAAAAAGGAGACCUAAAAAAGGUGGGUGACGUCGAAGCUCUGGAGGUCCAAGGUCAAUUCCAAUAUCCAAGUGAAGAUGGAAACAUUCAGCUUACCUACACAGCUGAUGAGAACGGAUACCAACCUCAGGGUGCCCAUCUCCCCACCGCACCCCCAGUGCCAGAAGCUAUCCAGCGAGCUUUGGCUUAUCUAGCAACCGCACCCCCUCAGACUGAAAGCUCAUAA